CUCAGGAAAAUUACCUGGCACUCGUUGGGUUCUUUUCUUGAUCUAAUAGCCAUAAAGUUUUAAAAAACACACCAUUACCAACUACUACUCCUACUACUGAGCUCUUCAUCUUCAAUUUCAAUGCACCUUCAAAUCUCUCUCCUCCAAUGCUUUCCAUCUCCAGAUUCCAAUUCCUCAGCCUCCACACUCCAUCCCCAUUUUCAAAUCUCCAACAAUUUCUAGGGUUUUGACUUCCACAUUUUCAGUCCUACUCAAAUGCCCUAGAUACUACACAUUCCUUGCAUUUCACUGAUUUGCACUAGUUGAAGCGAAUUCAAGUCUCUCUGAUCGAUGAAUUGCGCAGAAUCAGAGUCGCGACCGGUGCUCGGACCGGCGGGAAACAUGGAGAGGAAGGCGACGGAGACGCGAAAGCAGAUCUCGAAACCGGAGAGAAAAACAGAGAAACACCACGAAAUCGAUGAGGCUAGGGGUAAGAAAUCUCCGUCGAUUCCGGUUGUUAAUUCUCCUCCUCCGUCGCCGCCGCCGACGCAUUGUUUGAAUACGCCGUCGAUUUUGAGGUGGAAGCAGGACCAGAAGUUGCUGAAGUCGAAUUUGUCGCUCAAUGCGUCGUGUUCGUCGGACGCUUCGUCUGAUUCGUCGCACAGUCGAGCGUCGACGGGGAGGAUAAGGAGGAGGACUCCGACGCCGAUUCGGAGGAAGCAAUGUGGUUCAAAGAUGGAGAAAGUUGAGAGUGGAUCGGUGGAUUCGGUUGAUACUUCUCCGGCGAAGAAAAGGUGUGCUUGGGUCACGCCAAACACAGAUCCGUGUUAUGCUGUUUUUCAUGACGAAGAAUGGGGAGUUCCAAUCCACGAUGACAAGAAACUGUUUGAAUUACUCAUCUUGUCCACUGCUCUGGCGGAACUUUCAUGGCCUGCCAUUCUCAACAAACGACACAUGUUUAGGGAAGUCUUUCUGGACUUCGACCCAAUUGCUGUCUCAAAAUUAAAUGAAAAGAGGACAGUGACACCGGGAAGUGCUGCCAGUGCUCUUCUAUCAGAGCUGAAGCUGCGAACCAUCAUUGAAAAUGCACGUCAAACGCGUAAGAUAAUAGAUGAGUUUGGGUCUUUUGACAAAUAUAUAUGGGGCUUUGUAAACCAUAAGCCUACAGUUAGUCACUUCCGGUAUCCCCGGCAGGUUCCAAUUAAGACAUCAAAAGCAGAUGCCAUAAGCAAAGACAUGGUGAGAAGAGGGUUUCGAGGAGUAGGGCCCACAGUCAUCUACUCGUUCAUGCAAGUUGCUGGAAUAACAAAUGACCAUCUCAUAUCGUGCUUCAGAUUCCAGGACUGUAUAGCUGCAGCAGAUGCAAGUGAUAAAGAUAGCAGCUUCAAGGGUAAGGUUGAAGGUAAGCAACCGGAGGAUUCAACUGAACCGGGACUAGCAAGCACUAUUGAUGAUUUGAGUUUAUCCACGUAGUAAUUUGUUCUCUUUUUGGUUGAUGGAUUGUAAUUUGCACCGUGAAUGCAUCGUUGGUGGCGUCUCUUUCGUGAGAUCAGGUGGUGGGGGCUAAAUGCGGUUUGUGUAUAAAUGAUUAUGAAUUAUUUUGUUCCUUGCUAUGUAGAUCAAAAAAAUAGAAUUUGGUAUUCAGAAAGAUGUGGGAGGUGCUUGGAUCUGUGUUCAAUUCUGUCAAAAUUUUCUGUGUACUUAGGCUUUCUCCUUUGUAUAGUGACACGGUGACCUAACAAUUUGUGAACAUUUCAAAUUUCUGCAGUGCAUUUAUUCUGAAUGGUCCCUACACUUGACAAGGAU